CCUUUCAAUUACAAACCGCACAUAUCACAGUCAUCAACUGGAGCUCUUAGACACCGCCCUUUACAAACUAUUCAUUGCGUCAACGUCAACGUCAACCAUGCCUCGCAACUGGGGCAAUCAGCCUACCAACGCCCAGCAGCCAACUCCAAUCGCCAACCCGGUUUACGUCUGCACCUCCUCUCCAACAGAUUACUACGUAACUGCUGUUACGUAUGGCGCUUUGCGUAUUCCCGUCACCGCCGUUCCCGCGCGCGAUGUCCCUCGUCUUCUUGAUCUUGGAUCAUCAUCCAGCGAUGGGGAUGCGUUGGCAAAGGAGUUGAAAGAGUUGAAGGAGGAGGUGGGCCGUCUUCAGAUGAAGGUUUUGGAUUUGGAAAUGGAUAAGUCGAUGAAGAGUAGGAGGCAGAUGCAGGGAGCUGGAAGCGGUGGGAGGAGCGAGAGCGUGAGUGGGGAAUCGAUGGCGACCACAGAGGAGGGUGUGUUGACGCCGAGGAGUGUGGGUGCUGGAGCGGUUGGUAAUGGAGGGGAGGUAAUGGGCAUGCCCCCGGGGUAUUCGUAACGUCCUGCCGACAUGUUCAAGGAGAGAAGAUAGCGAAGAGACUCG